GUUUGCAUUGCCGAGGAAACAGAUACUAUUGAGAUAUACAUCAUUUACAUAGUCAACGCGGCUACUGAAAUCUUACAAACCAGAAGGCAGAACCCGGUCCUUAUUUGAGAGGGGCAUCGCAUCUUCAUCAGCAACAUUUUUGAUCUCUUCAAAUCUUCUUGAUCAUAAUCAAAUCAUCCCAUUGCGUUGAGAGAGGAUGCCCAACAACGAUACUCACAAUGCGUCCACCAGCAGCAGCCGGGUAGAUCCCCAGCCAUUACCGGAUAACAAUGAUGGGAAGGCACAGCCGUGCAGAACCUUUACAACAUCAGCCAAAAGUACGUCAAAUCUACCCGCAGCUAUGUUAUCACCCGUGAGGAUGGAGUUUGGUGUUAUGUGCUCAGACGUGGCGAUCUUAUCGAUUUCUCCUGAUGACAAACAUACUAAAACAACCUACAAGAUUUAUUUGCGGCCGGACUCUGCAUCCAUCUACAAGCCCGUGAACGACACCCGCGCGGCCUGGGUACCCGUUGUUAAUAAACGUGGCUUCAACUUCUCCGAUGGGUCAACAAUAGCGAUAACUUACCACAAUGGUCGCUUUGAUAUCGGUAUCAGGGGGACGAACGCAUCGACAUUCACCCAUGACUUUGGGCAUUCGGGUCCACCGGGCAACUGGUUUGUUGGUUUGUCGAGUAAAUCCAAAGCCAAAUGGGUGUUCUACCAGUGAAGCGGCCCUGCUUCUCAUAGACUUGGUUCAAUUCCCGUUCUCGUGCUUUCGUGCCCUUUAAGCACAACCACCGUAGCGCGGAACAGGUUUGGAAAUGCAGAGCAUCACAAAACAACAGUUUUCUGGCGAUGGCACGAGAUUGGGAUUUGGGUAAAGUCUAUGCUUCUAAGCGAACAUCGUUUCAGAGUUAAACUAAAUUGGUAGCGAUUGAUUUGUAAUUAAUGUCUUUAAUUAUACAGAGUUUUAAAGCUGACAAAAUAGUUGCAGGCAGUGUUCAUGUUUUAUGUGAUCAACCAUACCUGAAACAACAAACCAGUGAAAACUUGGGCUUACCCGUGUCUGGGUCAGUAGGAAAAAGGAGUGAAAAAAAUGCACAAUAUUUUCAGCAUGUUAUGUAAAACUGUCCUUAAUUUUUACUGUCACAAGAAACUAGCUUUUGCGUUUUUUGUUGUUUACAUUGCAUCACUUCAGGUGGAAAUGUUGAAAAGAAAAAUGGUUCUUAAGCAUGACCUUUUAUAGACCAAUCUGACGAAAUAAAAUUGGUAGCGCCCUGUCACAUUCACACAUGCAUACAUACAGGACUAGCGCCCUCUAGAGUCUAACCCCUACUCAUGUACCCUUUCCAUCAAGAUGGCAGCCAAGUGUUAACGUGAUUAAAACUACCAAAGUUUAUGAUACAAGCUGAGUCCCUCUCUCUCUCUAAAUGCCAGCAGGAGGCAUUACACGCCCU